UAUAAUCAACUUCAAGAAGCAUCGACGUGUUUGAUCUCGGCGAGUUUUGAUUUAGUUAUCGAAAAUUAACAAUGUUUUUACAAAAGGCAGUGAAAGUGUAGUAUGGUUUUAGCGGAUUGAUUACCAUUUAUAUAACCACAGUUUUAUGCCAUAGUGAAACUAGUUAUUGUUGCAAAACCAUUGAUUAAUUUUCAUUUAGAUCUCGUGGUAAAAGAAAAAAGUUUAACAAGCAACGUAAAUGUUGGAACAAAGAAAAAUAUGCUCCUUGUUAUAGACACAUGAAGUAAUACGAUAUUUCUACUUCAUUUUUACUUAGGAUGAAACCGGAACAGAAUUGACAUUUACAUCCUUGUGGGACUGAAGGAUUCUACAAUGUCAGAUCUGAGGAUUGUGUUAUUGGGUAAAACUGGAUCAGGAAAGAGUUCAACUGGAAACACUAUACUGAGCAGGGAUACAUUUCAAGCAAAACAUGCGUUGGUUCCUGUCACUGGAUCAUGUCAGGAAGAAAAAGUUGAUCUGGGUGGACGGAUCAUUUCAGUGACUGACACUCCAGGACUGUUUGAUACAUCAAUGACUCAGGAGAAGCUGAAGUCUGAGAUUGAAAAGUGUGUAGAGUUGUCUGUUCCUGGUCCUCAUGUGUUUCUGCUGGUCAUCAGACUGGAUGUGAAAUUCACAGAUGAGGAGAAGAAAGCAGUGAAAUGGAUUCAAGAGAACUUAGGAAAGGAUGCUGAAAAAUACACUAUCAUUCUGUUCACUCAUGCUGACGUGCUGAACGAUGAAACAUUAGAGGAGUAUGUUCAACAAUCUAAUGAUAUGAAGGCACUGAUUAACCAGUAUGGAAGUAGAUAUCGCUCGUUCAACAAUAACGAUAGAGCGAAUCAAGAUCAGGUCAGAAAACUGCUGAACAUGAUAGAUGAAAUGGUGAAGGGAAACGGAGGAAUGUACUACACUAAUAAGAUGUAUGAAGAAGCCCAGAGGAGGAUUGACCGGGAGAAUUUUCGACAAAGAGUAAGACAGAUUGGCACAAAAGUAUUAACAGCUGUAGGGGUAGCAACAGUGGGAGUGGCAGGUGUAGCAGAAGUAGCAGCAGGAGGAGGAGCAGCAGUUGCAGCAGUUACAAGAGCAGCAGGAAGUGCAGAAGCAGCAGCAGGACUUAAAGUAUUAGGAGAAGCAGCAGCAGCAGUAGUAGCAAAAGCAGCAGCACGUUUAUAAGUAAGAGAUAUUUAUAUUUUUAUAGAAAUAGUCAGAUGUUGUGGGGUCACUUUGUUUUAUAACCUGUAUUUUUUAUUUAUAAUUGUAUUUAUUUUCUGCUCCAUCUAAUAACCUGCCGUUUCUGAUAAAUUAUGGAUCAAAAUUACAAUUUAAAAAUGUUUUUUUGUUGUUGUUGUUGGGGUCAACACAAUGUACUCUUAUUUUCUCAUCGUUAGCAAUGCUUAAAGAAAAAUGUAUAAUAUAAUCUUCCACUUACACUGCCGAUGUUUUUUUCAAUGUGACACUUUUUCUGUAGUUAAUUCCUAUUGAAUCAGUAAAUUAAAUAUAUUACCAUAAAUCUAGAUGGGUUGAUGACCUUUUCUAAAGGAAGAAAUAAAACUUUUAAACAAGCAAUCUCUGUGUUUCUCUACAACACCAAAGACUGCUGUUUGUUUGCUUGUUGGAUGAAGACAAUCCAGCAAUUAGGUUGAAAUAACAAUCAACACAAAUUGGUAUGUUGAUGUCUUUUAGAAUGACAGAACAAAACAAUAAAGCAUUGUCAAAUGAGAACAUCAUG